ACUGUGAUGAACACAAGGUCGGUGUGCAGCGAGGGCGCGCGGUGCGGCGUUUGAAUGGGCGGGGUGACGCGACUGCGCGCCCUCGUUGUCUCCGCCAGUCCGCACACCGGCGGCUCCGCUGCCCCACGGUCGACCGCACUCCGUCAAACAACAAUGCUCAAAAACACGCCGUAACUCGAGGAACAUAGCCGCGCUCCGUUUGGCGAUGCUAAAGCACAGGACGGCACUCGUUGCCGUCGGCGACCGUUCCUAAACACAGUUUUAUUUAUGAAUAACACAAAAAUUUAGUAAAGAUAAGACAUCAGGCUCAAUAGAUCAGAAUAGAGUGACGAGAGUGCGGCGUAGGGAGGCGGGGGUCGGUGUCGCGAGGGUCGGGUGAUGGCGCGGCGCGGCGAGGCGACGUCGUCGGGAGCGCGCGGCGCGGCGGCGUCGCGGCGCUGACAUGGGCGGGCGGGCGCGCUGCUCGCUACUGGCGGCGCCCGCAGGCCUUCUGCUACUACUGCUGGGCCUGCUGUGGCCGAGGGGGGUGUGCGGCGGUCACCACGAGAAGCGGUUGUUGCACCAUCUGCUGGACCACUACAACGUGCUGGAGCGCCCUGUGGUCAACGAGAGCGACCCGCUGCAGCUGUCCUUCGGCCUCACGCUCAUGCAGAUCAUUGACGUGGAUGAAAAGAACCAGCUUUUGAUAACAAACAUUUGGCUCAAAUUAGAAUGGAAUGAUAUGAAUUUGAGGUGGAACACUUCAGAUUUCGGCGGAGUUAAAGAUUUAAGAGUACCACCUCACAGACUAUGGAAACCAGAUGUUCUUAUGUACAACAGUGCGGACGAAGGCUUCGACAGCACGUACCCAACCAAUGUUGUGGUGCGGAACAACGGGUCGUGCCUUUACGUCCCACCCGGCAUAUUCAAGAGCACAUGCAAAAUAGACAUCACGUGGUUUCCAUUCGAUGACCAACGCUGCGAAAUGAAGUUUGGCAGUUGGACAUAUGACGGCUAUCAAUUGGAUCUUCAAUUACAAGAUGAAGCGGGUGGGGAUAUAAGCAGUUUUGUCACGAAUGGCGAGUGGGAGUUAAUCGGAGUACCAGGCAAGCGGAACGAAAUCUAUUACAAUUGCUGCCCAGAACCGUACAUAGACAUAACAUUCGCGGUCGUUAUCCGUCGAAAAACGUUAUACUAUUUCUUCAAUCUCAUAGUACCGUGUGUCUUAAUCGCAUCAAUGGCGCUACUCGGGUUCACACUCCCACCGGAUUCUGGAGAAAAGCUAUCUUUAGGUGUCACAAUUCUAUUGUCGUUGACGGUGUUUCUGAACAUGGUGGCCGAAACGAUGCCGGCAACAUCAGACGCUGUGCCUCUGCUCGGUACUUACUUCAACUGCAUCAUGUUCAUGGUCGCCUCUUCCGUGGUCUCCACUAUACUCAUCCUGAAUUAUCACCACAGACAUGCAGACACGCAUGAAAUGAGUGACUGGAUCCGGUGUGUGUUUCUGUACUGGUUGCCUUGGAUCCUGCGCAUGUCAAGGCCGGGUUCGGCGACGACGCCGCCGCCGGCUCGAGCGCCCCCCCCUCCCGACCUGGAGCUACGUGAGCGCUCCUCCAAGUCACUCCUCGCUAACGUGCUCGACAUCGACGACGACUUCCGGCACGCGCAAUCGCAGCAGCCGCCCUGCUGCCGCUACUACAGGUCCCUCGACGAUCUACACGAACACUACUCGCCGGGGGGCGAAGAAAAUGGAGCAGGCUUAGCGGCGCACAGCUGUUUCGGUGUCGACUACGAGCUGUCGCUCAUAUUGAAAGAAAUCCGAGUCAUCACAGAUCAGAUGCGCAAAGAUGACGAAGAUGCGGACAUAUCGCGCGACUGGAAAUUUGCCGCCAUGGUCGUGGACAGACUGUGCCUUAUUAUCUUUACCCUGUUCACAAUCAUCGCCACGCUAGCCGUGCUGCUGUCCGCGCCGCACAUCAUGGUGUCGUAGCGACCCGCCCGCCUGCGGAUACGCAUGCGAAACGUUCUGUGAUACCACGAAUACACGUUAAGUUGUGAUGAGCGAACGGCGCGGACGCUGAGGACGCCGCAUCACCGCCGGCCUCGUCGCCCGCGCUCCCAUCUAGAAAAUAAGUUACCGCCGACUGCCAUUCUUCUAUACUCAAAUCAAACGUUUUCUUGUCUUGAUCCCUUCAAAUCCUCAUCGACUCUAGGUCUUCUUGGGAGUCGUGACCAACGGUCGUCACGUUUACCUAAUAGAACAGAACUUCUAUUAAUGACAUUCAAUAGUAGUCUUUUUUACUACGGAAACUUAAGAUUUUUGAGAGAAUUGAUGAUCGGGCACAUAGCGGACCAUGGUAUGCGAAUUCAUUAUAAUUAAUCGGAAUAAAGGUCGGCUGUCAGUUUAUUGAAUGAACCGAAAACGAAAUUUUCGAAAUCAAUGAAAGCACAAAUAACGUCUUCCUUCAAACUGUUGAACAAUCUUUUUCGCAUAUUGAAAUAAUAUUUGUUAGUAUAUCUUCGAUCAGUUUCAACUUUGAAACAGCUCUUUUUUCUUCCUGUGCGAUUCCGUGAAUCGUGAUUAUGAUCCCUGAGUUUAUUUUCAGAAGUAUUUGUGUCAUUAGCUAGUGUAGAACUUUACAAACAAUGUUGAUUCAAUUGGUACUGGUUGUGAUAUGCCUCGUUGUGAACGGGUGGAUGUUGUUGUUAAUGGUAAAAUAUCCAAAGUUAUAGCUUAAUUAAAAGUUCGUUAAAAAGUUGUAGUUAAACAAAAUAUUAUUUAAUAAAGACAUACUUGUGUCUUUCGAAACAACUUUUACAAGUCACCUUAUAAAAUAGUUAUAACAAGUUUGUACUGAAUUACAUUAAACAACAGCGAUUCAUUAUGCAUUAAUAGCGGUUUUUUUUAACUUGCCCCCUCUUAUGUAAAAAUUGAAAUAAGGUUUACCGUUCUAUGAAUACCCAAAAUUUAUUCUAAACAGUAUUUACAGAGAAUCAAUCGAUCAAUUAAAGGCAAACGGUUCCAUAAAUUGAAAAAAAAAAAAAACCUUUUCCUGUUCCAUUUACAAACGAUGGUAAUACUUGUUUAUAAUUAAUUUAUACAACAUGAAUCAACACAAUUUACAUGUAUGAUAAAAUUAUAUUGACAUAUUUUAUCUUCCACCGUUCAUCAGUUACCUUAUUCCAAAAAAAAUUACAAUUAAUAACGAUUUAUACAUUUUGUUUGCGUAAAAUAAUUAUGUUUCAAGUUCGUGCGAAAUGACUUCUGCACAACAUUGUAAACCUCCCAAAAGGACAACGUCCAACGAGACAAAUGCGCGGAUACAUUAAGUGAAAUGCUGUAUCCUCGCAAGGUUUCCUCAUGUUUUCCUUUUUUGAGGUAACAAAGUAAUCUGUGGCGCUCUAACUAGGAAGUUGCGGAACGACAAGGAUUACGUGACAAUGUUUGUAUUCGUUUUUUUGUAUCGUUUUCAUUAUCUCACUAACAAGUUGAUAGCGGUUGUGUGACGACCCUGACGGGGGGUGCCGCCGUGAUGGUCACCGUUUCCGAUAAAUUUCAUGAAAAAACUCGAACGCGGAACCUUUCCGUCGACAAUGGACGAUAUUUGUUAAAUCGUCCUAGAGUUUUGUUAAAUUGUUAAUUUAAUGCUCUGAACGCCGAAGUUUCUUUAUUAAAUAUAAACGAAUG